AUGGAUUCACAAGCUAAGCAUGGCUCUCUGAUAUUUCAAAAAAUUGCAUCAAAUGUCCAUGAUUCAAUUAAAAAUAAUGUCGAUUCUUUUAUUGAAAAGAAAGCGCUGGAAAACUAUCAAGAUGAUGGAGGGGAACUUGCAACUACUGUAAAAGAAAUACUAAAACUCUUUGGUCAAAAUGAACGUAUCAGCAUAAUUGGUAACAAAGAUCUGGAUAAACACCUUCAAUCAAUUGCUAAAACAAUGAACUCUUCAUUAGCUGCUGCAAAUCAAGUGGUAAAAGAAAGAUUAUCCAAAAUAUUCUCCUGA